CGCCACCAACAGCAAACAUCUCCCGCUUCCCAGCUGAAAACCCUAAUCUACCGAAAUGGGAACCAAGCACCACUCCUCCUCCGAUCUCGUCUCCGACAACAAGAAACGACGCCGUGCUGCCUUCUCCAAAAUCGAUGCUGGAAUUGAAGCCAAUGAGUGCAUUAAGAUAUACUUGGUGUCUAGCAAGGAUGAAGUGGACUCACAGAACAGUUUCAGAAUCGAACCUGUUGACUUAAACCACUUUUUUGAAGAUGAGGGAAAGAUAUAUGGCUAUCAGGGACUGAAGAUAACUGUUUGGCUUAGCAGUGUAUCCUUUCAUGCAUAUGCUGAUAUUUCUUUUGAGAGCAAAUCAGAUGGUGGCAAGGGAAUAACAGAUCUGAAGACUUCGCUUCAGGAUAUCUUUGCUGAGAAUCUUGUUGAUGUGAAAGAUGACUUCCUUCAAACAUUUUCAACCGAACAACACUAUGUAAAAUCCCUUGUUUCCAACUCAGAAGGUCUACAUGAAGACACCAAUAAUGGCAACUCUGAUCGCCAACAAGAAGAAUCUGCUCAUACUGAGAUUUUUCGGGUUACUGGUACUGGAGUGGGGCUACUUUACAGUCGAUUAGUGCCACUCGUUCUUCUUCUAGUUGAUGGUAGCAAUCCUAUUGAUGUUAUUGAUCCGAGAUGGGAAAUCUAUAUUCUGGUGCAGAAAGGCCAAGAGGAUGGUUGCAUGAGGUUACUUGGUUUUGCUGCUGUUUAUCGUUUUCACAGAUACCCCGAUGCUAUGAGGCUUCGACUUGGUCAGAUACUCAUUAUACCUCCGUACCAGAGAAAGGGUUAUGGUGCUAGACUUCUCAAAACGCUCAACAGUAUUGCACUUUCCGAGAAUGUUUACGACCUCACCAUUGAAGAACCAGUGGACGCCCUUCAACACGUGAGGACCUGCAUCGAUGUGCAACGCCUGCUUGCUUUCAAGCCGAUCCAUGAAGCGCUUGGUCCGGCCAUCUCUCAGCUAAAACACGAAAACCUCUCCAAGAAAAGCCAGCCACAUCGUUGCGAACCUCCUGCCAGUAUUGUUGAAGAUGUCCGGAAAAGUUUGAAAAUCAACAAGAGACAGUUCCUGCAGUGCUGGGAGAUACUAAUCUAUCUCAGACUAGAUCCCAUCGACAAAUACAUGGACAAUUACGUUACUAUUGUCUCUAACCGCGUGAAGGCCGACGUCUUGGGGAAAGAAUCUGAAGGGGCCGGAAAGCAGUUGGUUGAUAUCCCAUCUGAGUUCGACCAAGAUAUGUCUUUCGCGAUGUUCAAAUCUGCAGGCGAUGACUCGAGUGGCAUAGAGAAGGAAGCCGAUCAGGGUAAUGUAGAGGAGCAGCUGCGCCAGUUGGUCGAUGACAGGAUGGAACAGAUCAAGUCCGUCGUGCAGAAGGUAUCUGCGCAUCGGGCUUGAAAAAAGAAAUGCUGGCAGUUGAAUUGACUUCUAAGUUCUAACUGAUGUUCGGAAGCAAGAAUGUGUAUUCAAGCCCAUACCAGUGUUGUGUUAGGACAGUAUAGUGAAAGAGGGAGAGUUGUUGACAACAUUUAGUUUCCUGUUACGUGAUUCUGUUAACACAUUUUGGGAUUUAAUACUUCUUCCGUUCCAA